AUGAGCGCGAUGUUGCUCAGCCCUGGGAGAGGAAACAACUCACGAGCGAACCAUACGGUGGAUGAAGGCAAAGCGUCACAAAUGCUACACCCCCCAAAAGGAUCGAAGCAUUAUAACUACGAGUUGGUGGAAAGCUUCUUCUUCAAAGAGAGCGAUCAGCUUAACACAUGCGCUCUGGAUAUUGGAGGGACUUUGAUAAAAGUGGCCUAUCUCAAUGACCACUACAUAAGUGAUGAAGGUCAACCUAUGAAGAAUACCCAAUUUUUAAGUAUCAAAAUUAAAGAAGGCCAAAAUUUGUACGUUCACUUUUUCAACAUAAAUGAACUUAAGGAGACGUUGCGUUUUUUAACUCAAAAUGGGUUGAUAAGACAAAAAAUUUUUUUAACUGGUGGGGGAGCUCACAAGUACUACUUUGGUAUAAUUGAUCAGAUCGUCAAGCAUGAGGUGAUUUAUCGGGGGGGUGUUUCCGAGGAGGAAUCCCCCCUGUGGGUUUCAAAGAGAUACUUCUGCGAGACUUCACGCACUCUUUCGGUGGAGCUGCAACUGAGGGGGAGUACUACCCUCCCAGAUGGUCAUAUCCACGAGGGAGUCCCCUUCGACAAAUCGCUGCUGGACUCCUUUCCGACCUGCGAAACGGUUCGUGUAUAUUUGGUGAACCCAAAAGCGGAGCAACAACAGAAAGAAGACACUCUCCCGACUGAAGCAAAUUCCGAACAGGUGGAUAAAGCAAUCGAUGAGAGAGAUAACUCUCCCGAAAAAAGGUUCCAUGGUGAACUGAUUCUACAGUGCAGUAGGAAGGACGAAAUGCAUUGUGUGAUGAAUGGACUGUACAAACUACUUAGUGUAAGAAAGAGUAUCGUAAGGUAUGAUUUAUUUUUAAAAACGGAAAUCCCUGUUAGAGUGAAACUACCCUAUGAGCCAUUCAUUAUUGCCAACAUAGGAUCAGGCAUUUCGAUUUUAUUAUCCAAUGGGCUCAAUAAGUAUAAGAGAAUCGGUGGGACAGCCAUCGGUGGGGGGACUCUCUUGGGACUGGCACAAAUGAUUUUACAGAAGGUAUCGUUUGAAGAGCUCAUCAGGUUGGCUGCUCCCUGGGAGGGGACAACCUCUCCAUGGUUACUACCUCCCCCCUUGAGACACUCCCCACCAUUCGACCUAACCCUGAGACAUAUGCGAAAAGACGCAGCUCGCAGUGGCGCCCCUUCCCAUGGAGAGGACGCCUUGGCAGCGAGUUUCGGAUUCUUGAGCAACAUUAUAAAAACGAAAAAUCUUGAAGACACGAAAUCACUUGGGCAGGCUGUAGCCAGGAGCCUCAUCACCAUGGUAUCGUACAAUAUAGGCUACUUGGUUCACCUCCUUGCACGGAUCCACGGGGUGCACAGAAUAUUUUUCUCGGGAAAAUACAUAAGUAACCACGAGUGUAUCAUGGAGUCUCUUACCCUGGGGGUGUACUACUACUAUAUGUAUUGCCAUACCAACGAGGGAGAAGCAAAUGCUAGUUUUAGCGGCAAGCCAGAGCGCAACUGCGGAGAAGCCGCUCGCAGGGACGCACCCCCCGAAGUUUUGUUCCUCAAGCACGACGGGUUUUUAGGCGCCAUCGGGUGUUUUUUCUCCUAG